AUGCUUACCUUGUGGCCGAAAUUCUCACUCAUCGACCAAAUAACCAAGGUAAAGGUAUUUCGACUCAAAUCCCUGCAGAAGAUUACACUAGGGGCACGAGUUGUUGGAGAUAGAGGGCAAGUGUUUCAGUCACACGCUCACUUCAUCGCUGAUAAACACGGCCAGGUUGAUGUUUGUCGUGAUCCGUCUGUGGGUGGAUCUUACAGAGGAGUAUCAGCCAUGGGACUGUUAUGGAGCAUGAUACCUGCACCGGGUCAGAGAAAAGGAAUUCGACUGAUCAAAUCUGAUGUCACUAAACCUUACAAUUUCGCCCUGAACUGUUUUGAUGGUCACAUAAGUCCGCAGGAAUCAAGCUCUUCCAAGCCUUUAUCAAGUAAAACGUUUGAGAAGGGGUACAUGGUGAAUGGAGUGAAAAGAAUUCCUGUGAAAGAAGGAAGAAUCCGUGGGACUCUUUUUCUUCCACCAGGUGAUGGACCUUUUCCCGGAGUGAUAGAUCUGUUUGGUGGUGAACGCGGAUUAGUGGAAUAUAAGGCUUCACUGUUGGCAUCUCAUGGAUUCGCUACUCUUGCGUUAGCCUACAUCGGUUAUGAAGAUCAACCAUUGUCCCCAUCUUCGAUAAACUUGGAUUACUUUGAAGAUGCUGCUAACUGGCUUGUGAGUCACCCUGAAGUGCUUUCACAUGGUAUAGGUAUGCAUAGCAUUUGCUAUGGGUCAUGGAUCGCGCUGUUGAUGGCAAGCUAUCAGAUCGCAGCAAUAAAGGCCAUUGUUGCUAUUUCACCUCUGGUAAUCGCCUACCGUCACCCUUUUCAAUUCAAAGGGAGAGUCUCUGACGUGAUCCCCCCUAACGAUAGUAGAGUGCAGUCUUCAGAGAAAGGUAGCAUCUGGCGUUUCGCUUUUUCAACUGACCUCGAUUACAUGAAUCCAACAGUCUCCAAAUACUCAGCCAUAACACCAGUUGAGAACAUCAAUUGCCCAGUGAUGCUGGUUUCUGGAACUGACGACUUAAACAUCCCCGCUGAAUUUGCGGCAAAUUUCAUUUUUGAUCGCUUGAAGGAGAAUGGAAAAGAACAUUUGUGCAUUAAUCUGCUUUAUCCUCAAGCUGGACAUAUCAUAGAGCCACCUUAUUCUCCUCUUUGUGAUUCCUCUUUCAACAGAUCUUCUAAAGAAUUCGGUGGUGACUCUUAUGCAGCGUGGGGAGGGGAGACUGGUGCACAUGCCUGGGCACAAGAAGACUCCUGGCAAAAGAUUUUACACUUUCUGCGAAAACAUCUCCAACAGAAAACGGAGAGUGGGGAUGAAGAAGACUAACUCGCGUAUCUGUAUCGAGAAGGGAUAUUUACACUAUUUACUGAUUAAGUCUACAAAGAAACUCCGGCAUAACCAAGUUAUCAUCGAUAUCUAACUAUCUCGUCUUUAUUGUGAUAAUAGGUGUGUGGUGGUGGAAGUGAGUACUAAAGAAGCGGCUAGUUUUAAAAAUAUUUUGUGGAUUAUAAUUUCAUCAAAGCAGCAUUAUAGACCCCCCGUAAAGAAGAGAAGCUUUUUGGGAGGAAGACAACUUUAAGAACCACUAGCAUAUUGUAACCCUCGAUUCCUUUGAGUUUUUUUGGGUGUGUCUUUGAUUUGCGAAUUUAUAUGCAUUGUUGAAGUACAAUAAAGUAAGGGAGCAGUAUCAAAGUCAAUAAUUGGUGAAAGUCAUCCAAAAAUGAUACUAAAACGAGAAAUUUCAUUUACUUCUCUUUCUCUAUCACUCGUUUGCAAAUGAAAAGAUAAAUACGUUUACAGGUUCCUUUGACUAAGUCUGAAUCCAUAUCCGGUUUUUGUCCAUACGGUUCGAUAUCUGUGCCCGUUUUUAGAUCGAAACAGCUGAGAAAUCUUUUCCCGUCGGGCAAUACCUAUCGAUGUGAAUUAAAGGGAAAUACCUCCACUUCAAAUCAAAAUUGCUCGCUCAAUGAGUUUCAUUUUUGUACGAACCAGAUACGUUGAUUGUGCUCCAGUCGAGCUAUGGUAUGUUAUUCCAGUUGGGGCCGGGAUU